GACCACGUGAUCGUACUUUUAUAAAUUCGAUCGGAUUGCAAAUGAUGGAAAUGUUGGCGCUGUGACAGGCGUUUUAUAGCCGUCUUUGGAGCAGAGAGGAGCUGCAAAUAGAUUUCCUAUGUGACCCAUUUAGCAGGGUCUGACUAAUGCACCGUUGUUAUGUGAUUAUUGCUACCUAGAAUUGUGCGUUUAAAAUGUCCCCGUCGGUGAUCGUACGGCAGGAAAAGAAGACAAAAUGCGAACAUUACCGUAAUAAUUAUUGGUCUUUUAAUAUAGUUUUCUUAACUGGAGCUCAAUUGUAAGGAAAAAGAACAGGAAAAAAACCUCCGGACUGGUCCUUUAAGAACCAAAUUUAUUAGAGGAGGGAGAAAAAAAAAGCAGCCCCUCGCACUUCCGGUGGAGAGAGACAAAAACAGCUGAACAGCCCCACGGAGGGGAGAAGAGAGCAGGGCGGCCUUGCAGACGCUGUUUAGUGGGACUUGAUUAAUUUGACCCAGGUCUCCGAGCAUCGACCUCCCUCUCCGAGAGACAGUCCAGAGGAGGAGGUGAGGACGCCUGCACACACCGUGAGCCAUGGUGAAGAUCAGCUUCCAGCCUGUGGCGGGACAGAAAGUGGACAAGGAGAAUGACGGCGACAAGACGGAAAUCCUCAUCCCCCGUCCGAUGGAUGAGGAUGAGCUGGUGCUGCCGCUGCGCCCCAAAAAGUCGCCCCUCAACGGGCUUUGCUGCCUGACGUUCGGCCUGGUGGUCUUCAUGGCCGGUCUGGUCCUGGCCUCCAUCUAUGUGUAUCGCUACUACUUUAUACCUCAUAUGCCAGAGGAGAACCUGUUUCACUGCAGGGUUCUCUUUGAAGACUCCGUCUACGCUCCCCUCCGUGGACGCCAGGAGCUGGAGGAAAAUGUCGGCAUCUACCUUUCUGACAAUUACGAGAAGAUCACUGUGCCCGUGCCUCACUUUGGAGGGAGUGACCCUGCUGAUAUAAUCCAUGAUUUCCACAGGGGAUUAACCGCCUACCAUGAUAUUGCUUUGGACAAAUGCUAUGUUAUUGAGCUGAACACCACCAUUGUGAUGCCUCCUCGCAAUCUUUGGGAACUUCUUAUCAACGUCAAGAAGGGGACAUACCUGCCUCAGACUUACAUCAUUCAUGAAGAGAUGGUGGUGACCGGCAAAGUGCACAACAUGCGUCAGCUGGGGCCUUUCAUCUACCGCCUGUGCAACGGGAAGGAUACGUACCGCUUGACGCGCCGCGUCACCCGCAGACGCCUCAACAAGCGAGAGGCGAAGGACUGCCACCACAUCCGCCACUUUGAGAACACGUUUGUGGUGGAGACGGUGAUCUGUGACGGCGCGUAAACACCUGAUUGCACAUCUCCACUCACUACCCCAGCCACUGUAGCACCCCCAUCCCUCCGGUGGAUCUGAUCAUAUCUCAGUUGCACUUUACUACUGCUGUUCUUGGAUAAACAUGGUUUUCCACUAUCUGUUUUGUUGUUGCUGCCCUUUUUUUUUUUUGUUUUAAUUAAUGGUAUCUACCCCUAAAGUGGUGAUGCAAUACUAAACUGUUUGUUUUAUCACAGGAUUUUUCCAUGUAGCAAUUCCUUAAGCCAAUAAUAAAAGCUCAUUUCAACAUC